UCGAAUCGAGACAAAAAUGCUCUUUGCUUGGUAAACGUCGGGAUGGCCGGAAAGGCGAGGCGAGACGCGGAACUGGAAAGUCUUAUGAGUCACGAACGGCUUGAUCGUAGUUCUCCCGACCUGUGGCCCGGAUCCGGCGCUUUGCUUCAUGACACAAAUCAAUUUGUCAGCAGCAGUCGAGGUUCUCUCAUGCAUUUGAGUAGAGAUUCGUCACCGGAAUGGCUCCAUAGCAUCAAGCAGGACGACACGGAGAUGCUUCACGAGUUCGGCAGUCUGACGUCGUCGCAGCUUGUGGAAAAAGUGAAGGCGCUCCAGAAUCUCGCUUACCAAUUGGGUCUUGAAGAGGCGAAAGAGAUGACACGGGGAAAAUUUUUGAACGUUCUAGGAGUCGAUAAAUCAAAUAGCAAGUAGUAUAUGGAUAGACUGUAUGUGUGUUUAGUAUGAUAGACGUACAGUAGAGACAGGAUUUGUGUUAUAGCAUCUUCUGCGCAUGCGUGUGCCUGAACUUGAAUUCCACUGUGUGGAGACCGAUACAUGUGGUAUUGUUCGGUGAUUUGUAUUCCUGAAAAUGAAAAGUAAAUCAGAAACAAAAUAUGAAAAUAAAAAAAUUGCUGGCCGAAUUUAAUUUUUUUAGCAAAAUAAUUGAAAACCUUUAGCAAAAAAUUGGAAAAUAGAAAAUGAAAAAUUAAAAUGGCCUGAAGAGUCGUGGACC